AUGGUCAUUAAGACUGACUUGUGCAGCUACACAGAGUACAGAAUCUAUCCUGGCCAUGGCCAGAAAUUUGUGGCCAAGGAUGCCAAGGUGAGCUUCUUCAUCUCUGCCAAAGCUGACUCACUGUACCACCAGCGCAUAAAGCCAGUGAAGCUUCGCUGGACUCAAGCCUGGCGUCGACAGAACAAGAAGGGCAAGGUGGAAGAGGGUGGAAAGAAGAAAGCCAGGAAGGCUCAGAAAUUCCAGAAGGCGAUUGUUGGCAUGUCUCUGGAUGACCUCAAGAAGAAGAAGGCGAUGAGGCCAGAGUUGCGCCAGGCACGCGAACAGGCUGCCAAGGAAGCAAAGGCCAAGCAGCAAGCCGAGAAGAAGAAGGCGGCCUCUAGCAAGCCAGCGGUGGCCAAGGGAAAGGCUGACAAGGGCGCAAAGCUGCCAAAGGGUGGAGGGGCCCCUGCUGGCGGUGCCAAGAAUUUCAAGGGCAAGAAGUGCCAAUGUGCGGCUGUCAAGAACAUGUCCUGCGAGCUAUUGCGCUCUGGGGACAAGGCCAUCGUCACAUUUCGAUGGUGCUAUCAUGCGGAGUAUGUCUGCCUCGGUGAGACGCUUCUGUUCCGUGAGGGCCGCACAAAAGGCUUGGGCAAAAUCGUGGAACUCGUGGAUGACGCUUUCUGCGCUGGGAUGAAAGUGGUUCUGAUAGGAGACAGCUCGGUGGGCAAAUCAGCCCUGGUCUACCGAUUCAUGAACAAUUCGCUUCUGGCAGAUCCGAAAGCCACGGUGGGCAUUUCUUUCUUCAAGCAGACCCUUAUGGAUCCGCUGAUGAACCAGCAGUAUCCUCUGCAAAUAUGGGAUACAGCUGGUCAGGAGAAAUUCCAAUCUGUCACCACGCAUCACUAUCGUGCCGCGGAUGGGGCACUGCUGGUGUUUGACAUCGCCAAUGAACGUUCCUUCCAAAACCUGGACAAGUGGUUGGCAGAGCUGCGGGAGAACACGGACCCCAGUGUGGUAGUUGCAUUGGUCGGCACCAAGGCUGAUCUUUCAGCUCAAAGAGCCGUGUCGACGGAGAGAGCUCAAGGAUACGCCAGAGGCAAUGGCCUUCUCUAUGUGGAGACCUCGGCCUAUUGGAACAAAUAUGAGGGCGGGGAGAAGGACUUAGCUGUGGGUGUGGAGCAAAUCUUUUUGAGGCUGGUGCGAGGUAUCAUACAGACUCAGAAAGAGUUGGGCCGAAAUCCAGCCCGACUUGAUAUGUCUGGCUACCCUGAGGCAAUCAACCUCGAGGAAGAAGGCCGCAGACGAGAUAGCGACUGUGCAUGCUAG